AUGAUUGCCUCCCCAAUCCUCAGAACCGCUGCCGAAAAGAACUUCAUCAGAGUCGGUGCUAAUCCAAUUACUCGUUGUAUCCCUCAUAUCGGUGCCUGGGCUGGUGUUCUUACUGUCUGUUUGUUCUGGCCUGCUGUUCCAGCCGUCUACUCCCAAAUCAAGUAUGGCGCUAACAAAUACUAA